UGCUAUACUGCUGUAAUCACACUCUUCCCGGAGCAAGUUCACCUGCUACACACGGCGCCUCCCACACUCUUUGUCACCGGACCGCCCGGUACAGGUAAAACUGUGGUGCUGCUGCUGAUGGCCACAGAAUGGCUGCGAUGUGGCCACGACGUCUACGUUGUAAGUAUUUGGUUGUCCAGUCGUGCAGCUUGCACCAUGUUGUAUCACCUACUGCAUCAGAGUCUAAGGAUGCAACAGACAUCAGGAGAACCACCCGGUCGAGUUCGCCUUCGGACGAUUGAUUUUAAUGCUGAUAAAGACGUGGAGAAGGCCGUCAACGACUUGUCACAGGCGGCGAAGAAAGGGUCGUUGUACGUCAUCGCUGAUGAAGUGGGGCUAGAUGAGUGGUCUGACAGCUUCCAGACUUUCUGUGACAAGCUGCUGAUACAAAUUCCUCGUCUCCACCUUUGGGCUGCAAGUUGUUACCAUGACUACUCACCUAAUGGCUGGCACAUUGAAUAUUUAACCAGACCCCUCCGCUCUCCACCAGUCGUUGUCAGGGAAGUUGCCUUAGACCCAGAAAUUAAUGACCACAAGCGUAUCCACCCGUACAGUGAGCGAGGUGUACCCGACCACACAGACGGCCCGCCAAUCAGACGACUGUAUCACCGAGGUCAGGGUCACUCAGGGGACUGGCCAGGUGACUGUGUCACGUGCGGUCUUGAGGUGGCCAGCUUCCUACACAGUCUUCAUACUGAUGAAACGUCAACCGACAGAGAGAACACUUCGACAAGAUGUUCAGUAUCCACCUAUACAGCAUCGCCCAGCCUGCAGUGGAGAGACGUGCUGGUGCUGGACUGGGGGCAACCUAAAGACAAGUCGGGCAUACUAGAGGGGAUGGAAGAAGCGGGUAUCCCAGUGCGGGUGAUGCAAGAUGAUGACAUCGAGGACGUGGCCAAAGCCAAUACUGAUGUGGUGUGGGUGGCGAAUGGAGAGCUUGUUCGUGGUCUGGAGAGGAAAGUCGUUGUUUGUCUGGAGAGUCCUUGUGCUGGUAGUAAGCUCUUCAUCCGACUUAACAACAUGUCCCGCUGUACGGCACAGCUUGUGAUUGUCUCUUCUGAAGAGUAUUGGCCUGUUGAAGCUGUCUCACCCACAGAACCACAUUCUGGACACCAAGAAUCUUCCUGCAACAUGUGCUAGUCACGUUCUUUCGUUGUUUAUAUAAUAUUUAUAUUAGGAUCGGCUUGGGAUAAUCGGGACAACAAUACGAUCAAUCGA